AUGGGUAACGCGGAUACAAAAUUAAAUUUUAGAAAAGCUGUUGUUCAACUAACAUCCAAAUCUCAGCCUAUUGACGCAGCAGAUGAAAGUUUUUGGGAUCAGUUUUGGUCAGAAAGUGUAACAAAUGUGCAGGAUGUAUUUGCAUUAGUUCCUGGGGCAGAGAUUCGUGCAUUACGAGAAGAAUCGCCAAACAAUUUGGCUACCCUUGUGUACAAGGCUGUAGAAAAGUUGGUGAAAAUUGUCGAUAGCAGCUGUAGAACACAACGCGAACAACAGACUGCUUUAAAUUGUGCUCGACUACUCACUCGUGUCCUACCCUACAUGCUAGAAGAACCAGAAUGGCACAGUUUCUUCUGGUCUUCUCUACCUGCAGCUGCAGAGAAUGAAUCUGUACCGCUUGCCCAGUCUCUUAUCAAUGCUAUUUGUGAUCUUCUAUUUUGUCCAGAUUUCACAGUAGUGAGCACUAAAAGAUCAGGACCAGAGCGUGCAGAGGAGCUGUCGUCGCUCGACAGCUGCGAGUAUAUAUGGGCAGGCGGCGUGGGGUUCGCGCGCAGUCCGCCGCGCACCGCGCAGCACGAGGCGGCGCGCGCGGAGUUGCUGCGGCUGCUGCUCACGUGCUUCAGCGAGACCAUAUACAAGCCGGCGAGUCAGGCCGCCACGCACCAUAAUAAGUGGAUUGCAUACCUAACAAGUCCAGAAAAUCGUCACGCAUUGCCACUGUUCACUUCACUAUUGAACACAGUGUGCUCAUACGACCCUGUAGGGCUCGGGCUGCCGUACAACCAUCUUCUAUUUGCAGACACCCUGGAACCUUUGGUUGAGGUAGCUCUACAAGUUCUCAUCGUGACUUUAGAUCACGACACCAGUAAUGCCAUCAAUGAAGAUUCAGAUGAACGUCUACCAGACAACCUGUUCAUCAACUACCUGUCCCGCAUCCACCGCGACGAGGACUUCCAGUUCGCGCUGCGCGGCGUCACGCGCCUCCUCAACAACCCGCUGCAGCAGACCUACCUGCCCAACUCCAGCAAGAAGGUCGCUCUGCACCAGGAGCUGCUGGUCCUCUUCUGGAAGAUGUGCGAUUAUAAUAAGAAAUUCAUGUACUAUGUAUUGAAAAGCAGUGAUGUACUGGAAGUGUUGGUGCCCAUAUUGUAUCACUUGAACGACUCGCGCGCAGAUCAGUCUCGCGUGGGGCUGAUGCACAUCGGCGUGUUCAUCCUGCUGCUGCUGUCGGGCGAGCGCAACUUCGGCGUGCGCCUCAACAAGCCGUACAGCGCCAGCGUGCCCAUGGACAUCCCCGUGUUCACGGGCACGCACGCCGACCUGCUCGUCGUCGUCUUCCACAAGAUCGUCACCACCGGCCACCAGCGGCUGCAGCCGCUGUUCGACUGCCUCCUCACUAUACUGGUUAAUGUAUCCCCCUACCUAAAGACAUUAUCAAUGGUGUCAUCCACCAAGCUCCUGCACCUGCUGGAAGCGUUCAGCACCCCCUGGUUCCUGUUCUCCAGGCCUCAUCACCAUCACCUCGUGUUCUUCCUAUUGGAAAUGUUCAAUAACAUGAUACAGUAUCAGUUUGAUGGCAACUCGAACCUGGUGUACACGAUCAUCCGCAAGCGCGCCGUGUUCCACAGCCUCGCCAACCUGCCGCACGAGCACGCCGCCAUCGCGCGCUCGCUCGCCGCCGCGCGCAACGUCAAGCACGCCAAGGCCUUGCCCAGGUCGCGCAGCACGGAGUCGGUGUCGGAGGCGGCCAUGGAGGGCUCGCGGCCGGCGCAGCCCGCCGAGCCCGGCACGCUCAACGCCACCUUGCCUGAGACACCACCGAUAGCGGCGAUGACGGAGAAGGAGUCGGCGCACCCGCCGGCGCGCGAGCAGCUGCUGCCGCGCCGCGCCGGCGACGGGGAGGAGGGCACGCACGCCGUCGCACAGAAAGACACCCUGCGCAUGUCGACGGGUGAGACGGACAUGGGCGAGGGUAGAGAGGGCGGGGAGGAGGGCGCGGAGGCGUGGCGGCCCAGCGGCGAGUGGGUGGCGAGCUGGCGCGCGCGCCUGCCGCUGCAGACCAUCAUGCGCCUGCUGCAGGUGCUCGUGCCGCAGGUCGAGAAGAUAUGCAUCGACAAGGGUCUGACGGACGAGUCGGAGAUCCUGCGGUUCCUGCAGCACGGCACGCUGGUGGGGCUGCUGCCGGUGCCGCACCCCAUCCUCAUCCGCAAGUACCAGGCCAACGCCGGCACCGCCGCCUGGUUCCGCACCUACAUGUGGGGCGUCAUAUACAUACGGAACGUGGACCCUCCGAUCUGGUACGACACAGACGUGAAGUUGUUUGAGAUACAGCGGGUA